AUGGCAAGCGGCGGCCAUAUGCAUAACUUAACCACCCUGAUCAAGCGGCUCGAAGCCGCAACCUCCCGUCUGGAGGACAUGGCCAUGUCGCUUGAUGACCCCAAUGCCCCCAAGCCCGUCGAUAGUGGCACCAUUGCAGCUGCUCAGCCCGCAGUUCCCGCGCAGCCCCAACCACCAGCUCCCCCGGCGCCUCCCGCAGCCCCUCAGUCGCCGCCGCAGAUCGACGACUUCGAUGCUUUGAUCAAGAAUGAGGUCCAAACUUUUGUGGAUUUGGGUGAGAAGAUUGGUGGAUUGGUCGGGGAGCAGUCCAAAGCUGUCUUGCAAGCUUUCCAAGCUGAGCGGACCUUCGUCUACGUUUCGCUCAAGGCCCGGAAACCGUCGCCGCAGCCUCCUGAGCUUAUGACGGAGCUGCACAAUGCUUCUGAUACCAUCGACAACCUCCGCGAAGCGCACCGUGAUUCGCCGUAUUUCAGUCACCUUAGUGCUGUCGCAGAGGGUAUCGUUGCGCUGGGCUGGUUCUUCCAACCCAAGCCCGCUGAUUUCGUCAAUGAAAUGAUCAGCGGUAUUGAAUACUACGGGAACAAGGUUAUGAAGGAGUAUAAGGACAAGGACCGUACUCACGUUGAAUAUAUCCAAGGGUACUCUAAAAUCUUCAAGGCACUUGCGGCGUACCUCAAGAAGCACUAUGCCAAUGGUCUCACCUGGAACGAGAAGGACGGCGUCGAUGCUCAAGACGCCCUGCAACAGAUUAAGGGCGGUGCUUCUACUGGCAGCGCCGUGCCACCCCCUCCUCCCCCGCCGGUGCCAUCCCUCAAUGUGCCUGGCGGUGCUCCUCCGCCGCCUCCCCCGCCGGGUGCACUCCUCAAUCCCGCCCCGUCAGCGGCCCCAGCCGCUGACAUGUCUGCUGUCUUUGAUCAGCUGAACCAGGGAGAUGCGAUCACAUCGAAUCUCCGCAAGGUCGACAAAUCGCAGAUGACACACAAGAACCCCGCCCUCCGGCAAGGCUCGACAGUCCCCGGAGAGCGCGAGCGCCCCGGAUCCUCAGACAGCGUGUCUCGCGCCCGGUCCCCGCUCCCGAGCAAGAAGCCCAAGCCAGAGAGCAUGCGCGGCCGCAAGCCCCCGCGCAAGGACUUCGAGGGCAACAAGUGGUUCAUCGAGAACUACGACAACCCAGGCGAGAUCAUCGAGAUCCCCGCAGCGCAGAACCACUCCAUCCUCAUCUCCCGAUGUAACAAGACCAUAAUCAAGAUCAACAACAAGGCAAACGCUAUAUCCAUCGACAACUGCACCGGCUUGUCCAUCAUCGUCGACUCGUUAGUCAGCAGCCUGGACGUCAUCAAGUCGCCCAAGUUCGCUCUCCAGAUCGACGGUAUCGUCCCUACUCUUCUGUUUGACCAGGUCGACGGUGCUACUGUCUACCUGAGCCAGCAGAGCUUGGGCACGGAGGUGUUCUCGAGUAAGAGCACCGCUGUCAACAUCAUGCUUCCGCCGAAGGAGGGCACCGAUGAAGAUACCAAGGAAUGUCCUAUUCCUGAGCAGAUUAAGACGUACAUUAAGGACGGCAAGGUUGUUAGCGAGAUUGUUGAGCACGCUGGUUAA